CAAAUCUAAGCAUCAUGAAGAAAAAAGUAACACGGAUAACAAUGAUACUUUAACGCAAAAAAUAACUGAAGUCAACGAAAAGUAUUCUACUUUAUUGGAUGAGUUGAAUACAGUAAAGAAAUCGGAGGAAAAUCUCAAGCUGAAAAAUCUUGAUUUGGAAGCAAAAUAUUUAGAAAUAUUGAAAAAUUAUGAAAAUACCAUAAAAACAAAUGAUGAACUAAAACUACAAAUGAAUGUUUUAACAAGGCAAGUAUCCAGCAUUUUAGCUAAAGAUCAAGCAAUCGAAAAUUAUAAAAAUAAACCAUUAUACGAUGUACGUGUGGAUAAGCUGCCCGAAUUUUUGAGUCACUGUUACCCAGAUCCAGCUCCCGUUGAUUGUAAAGCUGCCACUAAGUGCACGCAAAAGAGUGGUUACUACAAAAUAUCAUUGCCCGGUCAUAAGGAUAAACAAAUAAUGGUGUUCUGUGAUACACAGACCAAAGGUGGUGAUUGGAUGCAUAUUCUACGACGCCAGGAUGGUUCGGUAAACUUUACACGUCCUUGGUCGGAUUACGUGAAGGGCUUUGGCAAUGUAGAGCAUGAGUACUGGAUUGGUUUGGAGAAUUUACAUGCCCUUACCAACAACAAUGGCCGACAGCAGUUAUAUGUUCAUAUAGAGAACUUUGAAGGAGAGUCCAGUUUUGCUCUUUACGAUAAUUUUGUAGUAGGAAAUGCCACGGAAAUGUAUGAACUAAAAUCCUUGGGAAAAUACUAUGGCAUGGGUGAGGAUGAUAUGAGGUACAAUGUGGGUUCAAAAUUUAGCACAAUCGAUAAAGAUAACGAUGGUUGGCCAACGGGUAGUUGUGCGUUAGAACGUCAAGCCGGUUGGUGGUACACUUAUUGUACAUAUGUCCAACCCACUGGUCAGUAUUUGCAUGGCGAGUCGUCCCGCGAUGGUGUUUUAUGGAGAAGUUUUAAUGGACUUACCUAUUCUCAUAAAGUCAUGUAUCUAAUGAUUCGAAACUAAUCUAUCUUCUUCUAUCUCUAUAUAUAUAAAAAUG